AUGCUCGAGCGUGUGAAUGACGUGCGGCAGUGGCGGAUUCCCGUUGACAAUUUGAAGAGCACACUCAACUGGCAUUGCGAAUGGGGCCAUAAAGAAGACUCCAUGCUUCUUGUAGGUAUUUGGCGGUACGGCUUUGGGUCCUGGGAGCAGAUGGAGGUCGAUCCCGAUCUGGGCCUUCAAGGCCGCUUUUUCCUUGAGGAAGGCAAGCGCCAUUCAGAUACCACGAAAGACGAGGACGACACGUCGACGUCAGCGGCCUCGGCACCUGUCUCGACGGCAAAAGACGAAACGACCAAGUCCAAAACAGGCGCUGGCAAGUCGCGUCCGAUUCCGAAUGCGAUCCAUCUUGUCCGCCGUGGUGAUUACCUGCUCAAGACCCUGCGUGAGUCGGUAAGCCACCACUCGCAUCACCAUCACGGCAAAAGGGACGAUGAAGGCGGCAAGCCUCGCAAGCGAUCGUCCCGGUCAUCAUCAGGUUCUGGUCGAGCAGAGAAAAGCAAGCGCAGCGCAGCGCAGUAUUCGUCGGACGAGUCUGACGAGGAUGGCUAUGCGAGUAUGGAUGAACUCGAGUGCAAGGAGCUUAUGCGGCCAUGCAAGAAGCAGCUCAAGACACUCAAGGACGACACCGAGCACCUGGACCGAGAUCGAAAAAUCGCCACGCUUAAACAGUGUCUGUCGGCUAUCGGCACUCACAUCGACCACGUCAUUGCCAGCAAGUUUGCCAACCUGCCCAAAGCGCGGCAGCAGAAGUGGUAUGAACAUCUGUGGGCAUUUUCGUCCUUCUUUUGGCCCAAAAAGGUUGAGCCUGAGAAGCUGCGUGCUAUCUAUGCCAAGCUGACAGGUCAUGCGACGAAAGAAGAUACCAAACGCAAGGCUAGUGCCGAGCCAACCGGCGCUGAUGCAUCCAAGAAGCCUCGUGCCUCGUAG